GGUAUGCCAGGGCAUAAUUCGAAUUCAUUGCAGACAGACGUUCAGCGGUCUUCGACUACGAAAGACCAGAUCAGUUGAGAUCAAGAUCAGCCCGGUGGCACGACGCGAUCAAAAAAUUACAAGUACCUACCAAUAACACUUGGCGAUAUAGAAAUAUAUACAAAUGUAAAAUAAAAACAAAACACGAGCAGAACGAGAAUGAAAAUAUGUGAUCGGAGAUAUAACGAACGAAAUCAAAAUAACGUAAAAUAACAAACAACAGUGUUCAUACCGCAUCUGAUCGGGAAUUCGUUGUGUCUUACUUUCUUUUUGCGCCAGAAUAUUUGUUUCUUUGUUGGUUGUUUUUAUCUUUGUUUAUUUUCCUUGUUUUCCACAGUUUACAAUUAUAAAAAAUUACAAAAAGUGUGAGCAAAAGAGUGUAAUAAAAGUAAAAAAAGAAGGGAAUCGGUCCAAUGAGAAAAUCUAUCGAGUGUAAAAGAAAAAGUAAGAAAAAAAAAUAAAUGUCGGGAAUGCGCAUGCAGGGAAAUAUAUCUUACAGAAGGUAAUUAAUAAUUUGUGCUUAAAAAUUUGCCAGUUGUAAAAAUUGUGGCAUGUGUGAAAUUCCGGCAACAAAAGAAAUAAAGGUGCGCUUUUGACGCAGUUUUCCCAGCCAAUGUGAUUACCUAUCUCACAAUUACAUAUGUACAUGUAGGUGUUUGCAAAUGUGCAUAUCUCGCCUUCAAAGUAUAAAUGCAAAGGAAAUGUUUUUUAACUUUCAUUUUGGAUGAAUUUUUCUAAAAUUAAAACUUAAACGACGAAAAACCGAACAACAAUAAGAACGUCGCAUUUCGAAGCGCUCGUCAAACGCAAAUCUAUCGAGAACGACAAAUUGUGUAACAACAACAACAGCAGCAGUGGCAACGUGAACUUCAAAGUGCAGACUCCCCUUAACAAAGGAGUGAUAAUGAUUAUUUCCAAAGAUCUUUUUAUAUUCGGCGAACAACUUUUUGCAACAAUUAUACCAGAAGGCAGUUCGUCACAGACCGCACAACAACAACAACAACAACAGCUACGACAGCAGAACCAGUCGGCUAUACAGCAACAACAAUUGUUGGCACAGGAACAGCCACACCAGCUGGCAAUUAUUAAUACAACAACAUUCACGACCGACGUCGAAACAACGACACAAAUAGUGUCGGCAGUGAAUGCAGUUGGCGCACCAACAAUAACAACAACAACAACGCCACUAGCGAAAGCAACUAUAGGCCCAAAGGCAAACGGAAUCGGAGGAACGGUAGUAGCAACAGCACCAGCAACAGCAACGGCAAUCGAAGCAGCUGAGCCCAUCGUUCUGGUGGAUGGAAAAACGACUAAGAAUACGAAUACGAAAUUGCAAAAAGUGCCAAAGGAAGUUGAACUAAAGUGCACACAAUACUACCAUAAGCAACAACAACUGCAACAACUGCAACCAACGAGAACAAGAAAGAGGGAAAGCCAACAAAAGGGCCCAAGCGGUGUAGAGAACGAUUGCAUGGCAAACAAAAUAAACGCAAAUAACACGGGAAAGCAACAACCACAACAAAAGCAACAGCAGCAGCAGCCAAAGCACGAAGCCUUGGUAAGUCAUUUAAGUGCAGCGACAGUAGCAACAACACCGCCUACAGAAAACAUAGCGGCGAGUGCUAGAAUUGCACCAGUAUUGUCGACAUCGGUGAUCGUUCAGGUGGAGGAAGAAGCCAACAGCGAGAAGGAGCCAUUAGUGAGAAGAAACUUUGCAAAAAUAAUCGCAACACCAGCAACAAGAACAUUUAUAGCUGCGCCUGUGGCAGGAGAAGCCGGCACGGUGACAGGCGCAGUAACCGCAAUAGCAGCCAUUGAAGAAACAAAUCAAAUAAACGAUUUCGCAACACAUCUACACGAGGUGACGCCACUGCUGCCGGCCGAUUGCGGUGCAUUGCAAAUACAACAGCAGCAGCAGCAGCAACAACAACACACAACCACCGAUCACCACCGGCAGUUCCAACUCCAACUUCAAUUGCCACUUCCACUGUCACUGCUGUCAGAAGAAGGUCUGAGCAACGACGAGCUGCCAUCCGCCUCGACCACAACAACAAUCGCCGCCACUUCCGAUCGCAGCAGUUACGACACGACUGCUGUCGUCGAGCCACCUUUUGCCGGGCACAGUUCAAGCCUGAACUCCGACGAGGACCUGCCGUCGUUGACAACAACAACGACAACAACAGCCACAAUGAGCAAAGUCAUUUUGGACAACAACACAAGCGAUCCCGCCAUGUCCGCAUUUCCUUUCAUAUCCGACACAGAACCGCACCUUCGUACGUUGCAGUUGUCAUUCCAGAAUCUAAACGUGCUCCACAACGAACGCCAGAUUCUCUCCGAUGUGAGUGGCUUAGUAAGUCCCGGCGAAGUUUUAGCCGUAAUGGGCCCAUCUGGUAGUGGGAAGACUACAUUGCUCGACUGCCUCAGCGGGCAGCGACGCUUUGACAGCGGAGGCGUUUACCUAAAUCGCGAACCGCUCUCGAAAAAGUGGCGCCGUAAGAUCUGCUACGUGCUGCAAGAGGAGAUAUUCUUCUCUGGUCUAACCCUCAGAGAGACUGUUAUGUACACGGCCCUGUUGCGUCUGCCAGAGAAAAUGUCGAAAACGGAAAAAAUCAAAUUAGUUGAUCGUAUACUGGAAGCUCUGGAGCUAACAUUUUGUCAACACACGAAAUUUGGCGACUACCUGAAUCGGGGAUUGUCGGGUGGUGAGAAGAAACGUGCCAAUAUCGCAUGCGAGUUGUUAACGAACCCGUUGUUGAUGCUAUUAGAUGAGCCAACAUCCGGCCUUGACAGUCAUUCUGCCAUAUCGCUCAUGAAGUUUCUUAAGCGUUAUGCUGUGCAAGAGCAAAAGACUGUGGUGAUCACCGUUCAUCAGCCUUCCUCCCAAAUGUUCCACAUGUUUGACAAGCUGCUGCUGCUCUACAACGGCCGCACUGCAUACUUUGGCGAGGUGAAUAAUAUUUAUACGUAUUUCGAGAGUAUCGGAGUUGCCAUCAAACCACACUACAAUCCCGCUGAUUUCGUCUUGGAACAACUCAAGUCAUACCCUAAAAUCCGCGAACAACUUUUCAUAGCCGCCAAGGAAUCGCACGGGAACUACUUGAACAGAAACUGUAUUACGGUGAAUACGAACAAUCAGCAUAACCAACAACACCACUCCAAUAACCACCAACUACACUUACGUCACAAUGGCGAUGCUGCCAACACAAUUACACAUAUCGCAGCCAACAACUCCACACCCGCCACCACAACCAGCGAGAUCAUCAACGAGAAGUCACACAAACACGACGCGCUCAUCAACGAUAUUAUCAACAAUUAUUACAAGGACAUACACAACAACCACAAAAACCAUAUCAACCACGAUGCCAUGCUAAUCAUAAGCGACCAUCAGCACUCAAAUGAAGAAGCGUCGCAACAGCUGUGGUAUGGUCACGAUUCCCAAUCCAAUUCCAGCGCUACUUCCAGUGACUGCCACCGCUAUGAGAGUUGUGGCGACAGCGAUUGGCUUGACUAUCCAACGAGUUUUCACACGCAGUUCUGUGUGCUGUCCAGUCGCAACUUCAAAGAGGCCAGGCCACGCAUGCUGUCCAAAUUGAAUUGGUUUCAAACGAUUGGCCUAGCACUGAUGGCUGGCUCCAUAUGGUUUCAAAUACCCCGUACAGAAGAGUUCCUACAUGACCUGCAAGGCUGGAUGUUCUUUUCGCAGACAUACUGGAUGCUGUUUGCGCUUUUUGGUGCUUUAAAUUCAUUCCCUGCCGAACGUGAAGUUAUUAGUAAGGAGCGUCGGUCUGGCGCGUAUAGGCUGUCUGCUUAUUACUUGGCAAAAAUGUUUGGCGAGUUGCCUUUGGUUGUGACGCUGCCGACUGUCUACCUCAUGAUAUCCUAUCCAAUGCUGGGCUGCACCAGCUUUAAGCUCUUCUUCUUGAUGCUGGUCUUUCUGCUGCUGAACACAAUCGUGGCGCAAAGCGUGGGCUUCUUCAUCGGUGCGUGUUGCAUGGAUAUGAAUGUCAGCAUCACGCUGAGCGCACUCUACACGCUGGCGACACAACUAUUCGGCGGCUAUUUAUCGACACGCAUUCCAGAUGGACUGAGCUGGAUCCGCUACACCUCGAUGAUACACUACGCCUAUCAGAAUAUGCAGAUUUUGGAAUUUCGCGAGGGACCAGCGAUAAGGUGUGGCAAUCCUAGCAGCUUCGAAAUUUGCAAAACAAACGACACCACAUCGAUGUUCAUUCCAUACGAGGAAAUACUCAAGGCACAAAACUCAACAGCACCACUCUGGCUGAACACGCUCGUCUUGAUGAUGUUCUUCAUGGUAUUCCGUGGACUCGGCUAUGCGGUCCUGCGCUACGUCCGCUGCCCCAAGGCGUGAUAUUCGAAUGUCCAGUAAGCUUAGCAAAAAGCAAUAAAGAAACAUACACAAAAUAGAAUAUUAAAAAACACAACAACAACAACUGAAAAUAUUAAACACAUACCAGGCGGCAUUUUUAUACAUUUUAUGCACUCGUAGUAAUUUAAAUGUUCGCUAUAUCUGCUGGUGAUACGCUUUAGUUUCCUGUUGAAUAUUUUUUGUUUAAAGAAUGUUGUUUUUGUUUGGAUUUUUGUGAUGCAAAAGGAGUUGUUAAGGUGUCAGGUCGUUGGUCAGGUUGGCCGGCCAUGCGAGAGACACCCCAUUUGUAAAUAUACUUAGAAAUCACACAUAAAAUACAAAAUGUAUUUUAAAUAUAUACAUACAUACUCGUAUUUCCAUUUUAAAGAAACUUUUUUUUAAUUUAGUAUACAUAUUUUAUGUCAACACUAUUUUAAUAAUAAUUUUAUGUGGUAAAAUUUUGAAAGCAUCACUUUGCAAGGCGACAAAACACAAAUUCAGCGAUUAGAAAGUAAAAACAAAACAGCACAAUUUCCGUUUCCUGGCGUUUAACGCUAAAAUAAACAAACACUUUUUAACCACUGCUCUUCAUUUCCGCGCUCUAUUAAUAGCUAAUUUAAUAAUCCAGACUGAUGUAAGUAGCGAAGAACAUCAGCAGUGAAGAAACGCGCGAAGGUUUGUCCGAUUGUUUUCCAUAAAUUGCAAUUAGAUAAUUGGGAUAUUUGUGAAAUAUCUGUUGUAUUUAAAUAUUUGCUACAGAGCUCAGAACUAACUGCUGAAUAACCAUAACCUAAAAAUGUUACCAUUACACAAGUAAUAGCGUGUUUUUGUUUGUUUUUUGAAAAUUACUGUGAUGUAGUAUUCUAGUAUCAUAGGUAAAUUAAAGAAACCACUUCAAGUAAAUAAAUUACUCACUAAGUUAGAAAUAAUUAAGGCUACAUUUAUGCAUAUGAAAUGCAAUAGUAAUAAAUAAAUAUUGUAAUCACACCAAUUCCCGUUAUACAUAUUUGUGUAACAAUAUUAUGGCAUUCAUGCGCUAUAAUUUAUAUAAAAAUUAAUGCUACAAAAUAUUGUGAAUGCUAUAUUACGAGAAUUUGUAUCAAUCAAAUGCAGAUGUAUGUACUCUAUUAUUAAAAAUGUAUUAUCAAGAA